AUGCUUCGGCGCAGCAAGAGUCUCAGACGUCGUGCUGACAAUGUCGAUACGGAGACAGAAGACGACGAGGAUGAUGCAGAAUUGCAAGAUGAGGUGACCUCUGACCCGGCCGUGUCCGUGCAUCGACCAAAGAUGAGCAGUAACAUCCAGAAGAGGGGAAAGGACCGUGCCGCAUCACCUCAGGCUGAUGACAGUGAAGUGCGUGCAGCAGACAAUUGGCUAAAGACUCCGGGACCGUUGUCGAAGGAGGCCAGAGAGCAAGCCGCUGAGCUUGGGGAGAACAUCUUGAAGAUGGCGGCGAAUAUUGGUCGCAAGUAUGGGAAGAGUACUCGUGAUAUUCUUGUGCAUGCCGGUCUCAGUUUUAAACCCUCUCGCGCUGCGAACCCCGCCAACAUAUACCGUCGUUGGUACUCUCGGAAGCAUCCAAAGAUGAAGGACGUCAGCUCCACAGAUUACUUGAAGAUGAUCGACGUAGCUUACAAGAAGCUGUUCAAGAAUGUUGACCCUGACGACGAGGAUGGAUGGGAGGCAGUCAUUAAGUCGAUUCAUGUCAUGUGCGAUGAUCGCGAGUUCGACGAUGCGAAUGUCAGGCCGACCUCUAUGAAGUCUAUCACGGCACGGAUGAUGAGUGCAAAGGACCAGUUCACAGAUUUGGCAGCUUCAUAUCGGAAUCUUGCUGACAUGGAAGUCAUCGGGGCCAUCCUCUACGUCGGAACUGAUACCGCGGGACGUCAAACGUCUGCGAUCUUUGGUGGUUCGCCGGCCGUGAAGAAGCUCAUCGAAGAUAAUGGACUUGAUGUUCGCACGUUCCUCGACUUCCUCACUACGAGCUUGAAGUCAUCUCACUUUAGCUUGGAGGGCUUCAACUUGCCAACGAAGUUUGGCCAUAGCAUCGUUGUCGAGGCGAAGGUUAAGGAGAAUCCUCGUGAUCGCUAUCGGCGUAUCUUCACCGGCAUGAUGCAAGAGACUCUGCAACAAUACGAUCCCACCGUUGUACGCGUCCACUGGAUGAAUUGGUUGAAAAUCGCAUCACGACAUAGUCUCUGCAUCGUAGACUGGCCUGCAUGCAUACCGGCGCCGGGACCCGAUUUCAACUAUAAGAACUUGAAGACUAAUGAACUGAAAAUGCUUACGGAGGGCUAUAUUGAGGAGCGUCUGCAUGGGCACACAAAUCUCAAGAUUCCGCAGAUCGUUAAAUGGCACGAGGAUGACAUGGAGUUGUCGGUGCUCGAUCCACGCCACGCACUCAUCCCACUUGUCAUCGAUGCUGAGGGCACCAGGCUCCGGCUCGUGCGCGAUGCAAAGGAUUCGCUGAAGGUGCCUGGAUGUUUAGCGACCAAGCCUGAGCUUGAUUCGAACUCCGAGAGUGAGGAGGAGGAGGAGGACCAGGAGGCACUGCCGCCACCACCAUCGCCGCCGCCGCUGCAGAGCAAGCAUUCCAAGUCCAAGUCAGCCGGUACCAAGGCUCCUUCUGCAACAAAGGUCGGCGGUACAAAUCAAGUUCACAAGCGUCGCCGGGAACUAGACAUCAAUGAAGAUGUUCAAUCAGACGAGGUCCAAGAAGUUAUUCCUGUCGUCAGGGACAUCCGCGGGGCCACAACACGCCUCCCUUUACAGCAUGCUGCAUCUCCCCACGGUCACGUUGCCCCUCGCAGUAGAAGGCAGUACGAGGAUGAGCUCGAAGGAUACAGCAGUGCUGACAGCGUGCAUGCUGGCAUCAACAAUAGAGCUGCCACUCGUUAUCAAGGCCAGUUGCCCAAGCGCCAUGCCGCGCCCUUGCCAAAGCGAGAGGCGCACCGAUCUGACUCUCAUACUCGAGGUAUCAGGCCGCCCUCUGUUAUCCCUCCUUCGCGGCUUCCAUCAGGCAACGCGCCGAGCACUGGAUAUUCGCGCGGCUACUCCCCGACCAUUGGAUAUGUCCCACGGGCGAGCAAUUCUAUUGGCGGGCAUGCACGCGACUACUCCCCUGCUGCUGGAUUUCCUCCUCGUCUGGCGUCUCAUGCACAUCGGUCACAGUUGCAACGCGCAGGUCAUUCUCAACCUUUAGCGGUGCCCUCCCAUCAAGACCUUAGCAUCCAAGAGGAUGAGAACCACCAUUAUCACUACCAAGCCCACACCCGAGGGGCGGGACAGCAAGACUUCGUGCGACGGGCAGAUAAUGUCAUUGAGGAGGAGGAUGAGUUUGUUGACGAAGGUAGGAUGCCUCAGCAGUCGAUGCAUGCAGGUCGAGCGACACUGGGCAGAACUUUCACUAAUGCUGUUGCUGGGCCAAGUGGCAAGUACUCUCAUCAUCAUGCGGAGGCGGGGCCAAGCUAUAUUGACUAUGCACCUGAUGACGUCGGUGCGCUUUUUGACGAUCCAGUGUACUAUGACGAAUAA